CAACAGAAAAUAAAUAAAUAACAAGAAGCCAAAAAUUAAAUGGAAAAUAUCCAGAAUUUCGUCCAGGUUCAUUCCGUCCUUCUCUUCAUUCCUUCCUGGAUUCUCCGUCAACCAUCUCCUACGCUAAGCCCAAAUUCCCCUUCUUCCUACUUUGCUCUCUGCUCGGUUUUCUCUGCUCGUCGUUCCUUUUCUUCAGCCGCCGGCCGGACCAUCUUCAAGCUUCUAUGCAAGCCCUUCUCUUAUCAUCCUCCUCUUCACCUCUCUGCUGCUUCGCAUCUCUGGAUCUCAGUCCCUUCUCCUGCUGCGUCUGUGAAUUCCGCUCUUGUUGUCGUUGAUGGAAUCCAACUUGUCUCUUGGCUUGGUCCCCAGCGUUUCCCCUGCCUCCCACCGCUCCCAGAUUUCCGAUGAUUCGAUCUUCGUCCGUGAAGCUUCUUCCGCCUCUUCGGCCGCCUCCGUCCACCACCUCCCGUUGCGGCUACUGGAGUCGAUAAACGAGAAUUGCCACCGCGGAGGCCUCCUCCACAACCAGAACGGUGGUGCCGCCGUGGAGCUGAAUCGCGACCCCGGGGACGAGGAGGAUGAGAGGGAGUUUCGGAUUUUGGGCCACUCGAUGUGCUUCAAGAGGCGUCGCCCCGAUUCCGAAAUUCAGUGCGGUCCGGCCAAGAGGCCAGUCGUGGCGAGCGAAUCGGAUUUGCAGGAGCGUCGGAGCUCGGUGAAGGCUUGGGGAAACCAGCCGAUUAGCGAGGCAGAUCCGGAGCUGUUUGAGAUCAUGGGCAAGGAGAAGGAGAGGCAGUUCAAAGGGAUUGAGCUUAUCGCGUCGGAGAAUUUCGUGUGUAGAGCUGUAAUGGAUGCACUCGGUAGUCAUUUGACCAACAAGUAUUCGGAAGGGAUGCCAGGGGCGCGUUACUAUGGUGGUAAUCAGUACAUUGACGAGAUUGAAAACCUGUGUUGCAAGCGGGCACUGGAUGCUUUCGGGUUGGAUUCGGAGAAUUGGGGUGUUAAUGUCCAGCCAUACUCUUGUACUUCGGCUAAUUUCGCUGUCUAUACAGGUUUGUUGUUGCCUGGAGACAGAAUCAUGGGUCUGGAUACUCCUUCUGGAGGUAAUACUAGCCAUGGUUGUUAUAUGCCGAGUGAGAGGGCGCUUGAUUUCAGGCCCAAGAUUCUUAUAUGUGGUGGAAGCUCGUAUCCUAGGGAGUGGGAUUAUGCGAGGUUCAGGCAGAUUGCGGAUAAGUGUGGUGCUGUUCUUUUGUGUGAUAUGGCUCAAAUUAGCGGCCUUGUUGCGACUAAGGAAUGCGUCAAUCCUUUUGAUUACUGUGAUAUUGUUACCUCAACAACGCAUAAAAGCUUGCGGGGACCAAGGGGAGGCAUAAUUUUCUACAGGAAGGGUGCGAAGCCUAGGAAAAGAGGAAUGCUUCUAAGUCAGGGAAAUGAAAGUGAGCAGUAUGAUUUUGAGGAGAAGAUAAACUUUGCUGUGUUUCCAUCGUUGCAAGGUGGACCUCACAAUAACCACAUAGCCGCCCUUGCAAUCGCCUUGAAGCAAGUUGCUACUCCAGAAUACAAGGUGUAUAUGCAACAGGUGAAGCGUAACUCACAGGCUUUAGCCAAUGCUUUGUUGAGAAGAAGAUGCCGCCUGGUAACUGGAGGCACGGAUAACCAUUUGUUGCUUUGGGAUCUGAGGCCUCUGGGACUAACAGGUAAAACAUAUGAGAAGGUCUGCGAGAUGUGCCAUAUUACUGUGAAUAAAAUUGCAAUCUUUGGUGAUAAUGGCACCAUUACUCCUGGCGGUGUAAGGAUCGGCACACCUGCUAUGACGUCUAGAGGUUGCCUGGAGUCUGAUUUCGAGACGAUGGCUGAUUUUCUACUGAGGGUUGCACAUAUCGCGAGCACGUUACAGCGAGAGCAUGGCAAGUCCCCAAAGGCUUUCCUGGAAGCUCUGCAGAGCAGCAAGGACCUUGCCGAGGUCCGGAACCAAGUCGAAGGUUUUGCUACCCAGUUUGCUUUGCCCGGGUUCGAUGUGUGAACGUGAAGGAAUAUGCCCGGAUCUCAGAACUGCUGCAAGCAUCUUGAAGCUACAUUGAGGAUUUCGAUGCUCGUUUGAAACCCCCGAAUGUGGGCAUUAUUCGACGCAGUGCUUGUUCCUUGUGUUUAUCUGUUGGGGGGGUGUCUAUAGGGUGGUUUUUGGCAAGUCUCUGGUAAUUGAAGUAUACUGGAAUUGGUUGUAGAUAGAAAUUUUGGUAUAAAGCUGCGAAGACAAG